AAGGUGAAGAAAUACGGCAUACUUGAUACGUUGAAAAUUUACGCUCGGAAAUAAUGACAUCCAUGUACAUAAGUAGUUAUGCAAAAUUUAUAAAAGUGUAUUCGUUGCAUUCUGACGUAAAAUUAUGUAAUGUAAAAGUGUGCGAAUGGAUAUUCAGUAAUAUUUAUUUGCAUGCAUACAUAGAUGAUCUGUACCCUGCACCUACGAUCUUAUAGUCAGGUUUUAAACUGAAUAAAAAAACAACUGGUAUGCUUUUGAUGACUCUUCACAUUCCAGUUAUUUAUAUAGUUCAAUGGUUGUAACAGUCAUUACCAUCCAUGUAUAUAUACAUAUAUUAAAUUGUUGAAAGAUCAGAGCAGCAUUCAGCAUUCAUUCAAAAUUGUAGUUCUUCGCUUGAUACUGUUUCCAAAGUCCACUGACUUUAGAAACGAUACUAACCCGUGUCUUACCGUAUAGAGGUGACUAUAAACGAGACCCGAGCAGUGAACAAUCCUCAUUACCCCCUUCCGAUUUAGAUUGCUGCUUUAUUAUAGGAAGCAAAUAUUGAACAAGCUAAUAUUUAUACAAUUGCGAACUAAACUCAAACUUUUAUUAACUCUACUUUUAAUAAAUAUUAGAAAAUUGAAAAAAGACGAAGUGCAACAUAUCAAAUUUUGCUUGGGUAGUCAAUGUUCUAUGUACCUAGGAUUUCCCGAAUCCAGGCAGACCUGUCUAUAGAUCGUGGUCCAUGUGCUGUUAAUUGUAUGUCCGAUGUAUAAGAUAGAGCCAUUGAGCUAUGUUUACACGAGCCCGUUACGUUGCUAUGGAAGUAUCGAUCGAAAACGCGAUUUCCUUGAAAGGAAUGUCCAGUGUUCGAAUUAUAAAGUUUUGUCGUUAGCGGAACGAAAAUGAGCUCCGGAGAAAAAAGUAAGUCGACAAAAGCCGACGGGAGUAGAGCGUAAAAGAGUUAGAAAAGCAGAAGUAGUGGGAAAUUAUAAGUCGUGUAAAUGUGCGUUAUGCAAAACGCGAGCGAAACGAAAGGAAGCCGAGCGACGAACAGCAUUCCAUCGAGAUUGUGUUCAGGUUCGGCUUCGGUGCUGAGCUGGAUGAACGCGUUCAUAGCUGUUAAACUGGACCGGAAAAGAGAAACAGACCGACCGGAAAGAAGAAAAUUUAGACGCGUUCACGGGCUCCAACUUCCGCUGGAUCCUCGACAAGUGAUCGGCUGGAUAGUGAUCGCGAUCAUCGCGAUAAACACGUUCACGAUGUUAACACCGCUUCUAGAACCGAAUUAUCGAUUGAUCUUGACGAUUGUAAUUGCGUCGAUCUUUGUGGUCCACGUGUGCUCUCACGCAGUUGUUCUGCUGUUGGAUCCAGCGGACCCUAGGAUACGAUCCAGAUCGACGAACAAAAUCAUGCCCGAGUUCGAUCGAAACGUGCAUGCACACGUGAUCGAAAAUGGUAAAUGUCAUCUCUGCGAUAUAACUACGGAGAGCAACAGGACCAAGCACUGCUCGAUAUGCAACAAAUGCAUCGUUCGAUUCGAUCACCAUUGCAAAUGGCUUAAUAAUUGCAUCGGGGCUAGAAACUAUGUCGUUUUUCUCAUCUGUUUGAUCUCGGCGAUCUUGGCGAACUUGAUAGUCGUCGUUCUCUCCGUGAUGGAAUUCUCCUUGCUCUUGCUACCGAAACGAAUCAGGAACUGCUCCGAGCCUGAUUGUUCCACCUAUUAUUAUUAUCAAACUUAUCAGGCUCGAACGGAAAACGGGACUACCUCGGAUUGGGAACGCCACCCUCUCGCUUCCUUCAUCGCACCAGCUUCGGACACGGGCACUAUAAUCGCACUCUCUGCGAUCGGUGUACUUUCAAUGAUCGCGGCAAUUCUUUUGCUUCAUUUGUGUUGCUUUCAUGGCUACAUCGCCUGCCUCGGAAUGACCACUUACGAAUACGUAAAGAACAAAAGAGAAAAGAAAGCGUCCGUCAUUUCUGCCUCAGCGGAAACUUCAAAAAUCGUCGUCGACGGAUCCAUCAUACCUCGUAGCGGCAGUGGAGAUCCAUGGAGACCCUUUACGAGUACGGACGAUGCUUUCGACCCGCGCCGUUUACGGAUCGCGAGUGUCGCCACGAACUCUUAUUACGAGCCUAUCUUCGAGAUGGAAACAUUUUUUCGGACGUACGUUACGAUAACGAGCAAUGGGAAGAAGAGAAAAUUAAGAAAGUGGAGAAAAUGUAGAAAGAAAAGAAAGUCGAGCCGACAAGAAUUGUUCCACGCGAACGCAUUAUCGCUAUCGGAGAUCAAUGAAAUCGUGAAUUCGCACGAGUCGACGACUGUUGAGGCGAUUGCACCGAUCGUUCGGCCACUUUCGAAAUUCGAUUCGUUGCAUCCAUCGUCAAAAGAAACCGAUUUCAUUAUGCUCGCACCAUCGACAUACGAUAAAGCCGAUGAUGUUGCUCGAUUCUCCCGUCGAAAAGGAUUAACGGUGAUCAGAGAGAAAUCGAAACUUUCGCCUAUUUUGGAAUCAGAAUUUUCGAAAUCCGUUACUCCUCAUCAUUCUUCUCUUUCUGGUUCUGCGUAUUCCGUCCAUUCGUCUUCUUCUUCCUCAAUACCAGUAUCAUGUUCUUCGUGAUCUUGGCGAAUCGAUC